AUGCUUGGCACUGGAGAGUUUCCUCUUCACGGUGAUAGUGACGACACACAGCGUUCAUCUAUGGACAGAUACAAUUUUCUAUUGCAGUUUGUUUUGGCAAGUCAGGCUGUGGUAUUUGCAAAAUUUUCCAUUUAGGAUUUCGGGUUUGAGGUUUACAGUACAGGCAACUACUCCCAAACUUGCUCCAGGAAGUUCAGAGUCAAAUAAAACAUGAAAUUAAGAGAUGGUGCAAAAAACAUUCUCUCAUUUUACUUGUGCACUUAGAUACUGUAACAUAUUUGGACUGUGUAAAAGGAUAAACAAAUAAUUUGUCAUGCAUUUUUAAGAAUUGGUUACAUUUCUUAGUUGCGUUCUUGAAACUAGAAGUUACUAUCACAAGGAAAGUGCUGCUCACUCUCCAAGGGAUCAAAGGCAGGAAUGCACAAUUGGCUGAAUAAGGGGCUGUUUAUAUCAUCCUGCUUUGCCAGUACAAGAUGCAAGGCGGGAUUAUUUUGAUGUAUUGAAAUAAGUGACGGUGCAACAAUUGAGCAAAAAACAAUAUUAUUUUCUAGAGAUAGACUAUAGUUAACUGUAAAUGAAAAGGUUGUUCAAGCAGCAAUAAUAAUCUUCUUGAACUACAAGAUCUUCUCUACAACAUUUGAGUUCUGUUAACCAGUAUUUGAGCUUUCUUUUAGUGCACUGACUUAUUUCAAUACAUCAAAGUCAUCCCGCCUUCCAUCAUGUAAACUGCACCUAAGACUCCCUAUUCAAGAGGUAGGAAAAGUGCAAUUUGAAUACACCCUGCACAAAGUUGAAGGUCAGCUAAAUAUUCUAAUUGUACUUUCUUGGCAUAGGCAAUUUUAUAGGAAUACCUUCAAUGCUCAUAAUUUCUUGCUUUUGUAUGUAUAAUUAUAAUACUGUCAGUGACAAAGCUAGCCAUAGCAACCAUCAUGCUAUGCAAGGUUUUAAUGAUUUGCAAUGCUCAAAUAGAUGCAGGUUUAUUAGCAUAGCAUUACCAGUCGCCAUGGCUACACUGUACCUUGACACUGAAUACCUUGACACUGAAUACCGUGCAAUAUCAUAUAUAGAAAUACUACAUCAGUUUUUGUCCCAGUUAUCAUUUUAAUGGCACCUUCAAGGCUACUCCUAUGGUAGAACAACAGAAUAAUCUGCUAGUUGACAAAAGGCGAGGUGAUUAUCGGGGAAGAUUCACCAAGAUUUUGACACAAGUCUUUUGUCUUAAUAUUAUGCUAACAAUGGACAUAUCUCAGAGAUAUAAACAGACCGUCAUACCUUGUAUAAAAGUUAAUAUAUGUAGACAAUCCCUACUGGGACACUGUACAGACAAUCCACACUAUGGAAUCUUAUUAAGCAUGAUUAUUAAGAGCUGCAUACACAAGAUUCUGUGUUUGUUUUUAAAACAUGCUGAAUGCACGACAUUGGUAUAAACAUCCAGAAUGAACACUAUAAACUCAUUGCCUUGUCACGUUGCCACACACACAAAUAAACUACAAUUACAUUUUGACUUCUUGCAGUAUAAAUACGACGAUCAGUGGGCUAGCUAUUAAAACUGCUGAUAUUAAAUGCGAGAUUAAAUGUAUUGUGCAUGUAAUUAUAUUGUUUCAGUACUUCUAUAACCUAUGGAGUCACCUUACUUUAUAAGUGCAAGAUCCAUACUUUCAUGUUAAAAUGUAUCUGUUCAUUUUCAUCAUUGGAAUAGAAGGCAUUAUCCUGUGAACUGUGUAAUCGGAUUGUAACCCUUUGCAUUGUCUAUAUUUUGAAUAGUGGCAAAAUAUGAUAGGGCGGUGUCCUCUGAUCAUCCUUGUUAGUCAAGAUUUGUCAUCAUAUACAACCAUGGGAUGCCAAGCUGAUGACCCAACUGAUCCCGUCAGGAAUCAGAAAAGCAGCAAAACGAUUUAUUAGUGAUGGAAUACAUCGCCAGAAAUCGUCACCACGCGAAUGAAUUAUACUAGCCCCACGCUACUUCAGUGCGCGCGAUAUAUAACAAAAAUAAUAGGAAAACAUAUACAAGGCAACAUUUAUUCUUCAAAUACAGAUUUUUAGUAUGAUUUGAACAAAUUGUGAACCUCACAAGUGAAUAAGAAACUUAUAAUCUAAGUUAGAGUCCAAAAUUUUGUUGGCAAACUUUAAAAAGGGUAUUUACUUUUACAACGUGAAGUUUGUAUGCCAGAAACACGAGACCGGCUAAUAUAAACCCUAUUAAUUUGAUAAAAUAUGUCAAUUUAAUUUCCGUAUUUAAACGAAACGAUAGAGCUAGCUAGUGUUUACCUUGAUAAUGUUUAAAUCGACAUUUACUUUUUAAAUCCAAAGUUACGCAUUUGAUAACAUAAUGGCAAUAGCCAGAAUCGCAUUCGAUAUAUUACCAAUAUUCGGACGAUGAUAAUUUGGAAAGUAUUUGAUGUAAACGUUCGCCUAGCACAUCAAAUUAAAGCUUGUAAGCAGCAAAAAUCAGAUCUCGAAGCUCGGAAAUUGAAUUCAACAAGGCUCAAGCAUAUUUUAACGCUAAAGAACGCUGCCCUGUAGAACUUUGGCACAUCUUUCAUCGAGCCCAAGAUGAAUACGAUCAGCGGACUGAACCUUGAGAAAUUCCCUGCCGAUUGGCACGAGAUUUGACUUAUAAUACAAACAAAGAAAACAAAUGUUGGAAGAAUUGAAUAUUCAUGAUUAUCUUAAAUUCAAGUCAACCUUGACAUUUUCAUCAGAAAGUUGCCUUUCCUACAUCCGUAAGCAGAAUAGCAAUGAAGUGUUUAUUACUUUCUCUAUCCCUUAUGAAAUUUUAAUUAAGUGGCACCAAAUAAAAGUAGUAAAAAAACUGUUUGUAUUGUCAUACGUGGAUUUGCUUUUCCUUUCGCAAAAUCUCCCGUCUUGUACCUUAAAUUUAAAAGAGGAGGCUAAAUUACGACUAGAAGCGCGCCUGAGAGAACUGAGUUACUCUGCUGCAAAGGAAUGUACUGGAACUAAAGGGGCUACAAGAAUAAAGAUACUUACAAAAGUCAAGAAAUUAGCUGUAUACCAAUCUGAAAUAGAAGACGCCAGCCAGCCAGCUUUUGAGUAAAAUUAACAGCCUCGAGGAAGAGAAGAAGGAAUUACAGGAACAACUUGAAACUCUUGAAGCUCGAUGUGACAGUCUUGUGCAGGAGGUUGCAGAAUUCAGGCAAACUACCCAGCGAGCAGCUGACCUUGAACAGUCUUAUUCUGAAAUAUCAGACCAAAAUGAUAAAUUAAAAGAAUACGUCAAUUCUCUUGUAGACAGAGACUCGUGUAAACACUGCGACUCAAAUUACAGGAACAAUGGUCGUACAUAUAAUGAAGUAAGCUACACCCAAAAGCAACGAAAGCUGAAAGUGCUAAAAAGUAAUUCAGAAAGAGCCCUCUGGUUUCUUGAGUCAUUUGGAUUUAAGCUAGAUAAGCUAUUUCUCAGUGAUUGCCAAACUGGGGAAAAAGUGACUCUGCAGUACAAUAACGAGAAAAAGUCUGCAUAUCAAUUCCUUUUCGAGGAGGACAAAGACAAGGUCAGGAAUGUUGUCUACAUUAUGGACAAGUUUUGUGUAAGUGAUGCUGCAUAUCAUGAAUUCAGCAUGACAAACAAUGAUGGUCUUCCCCGCAGCUAUUUGAUAAAACAAUGUAGACAAGAUCUCAACAAAGUGUAUAGCAUUUCAAGAACUCCUGGAGAAUGGCCUGGUGCACAGCUGAGUUUUAAGGAUGAACUCAACCAUAGGCUUUCAAAGCAAGUAAGUUUCCUUAUUAUCCUGAGCAUAUAUUACAUGUUGAACAGUUUACAGAAAUUAGUCCGCACAGUAAAAACUGUUCCACCACCACUGCGAUUGAGGACAAAUGUUAUGUGAGUCUAUCUUACAGUAGUGAUUGGCCACCAGGGGUGUCACUAGAAGGCGUGUAUUUGGUGAAACACACACCCCGACACACACACCCGCAGUUCUCACAUAGUCAGCAAAUUAUUGUAUGUCAGUCGGAGUGACACAGUCGGAGUGACACUGAUUAAAAACUAUACUAAUUAUAGCCCGAAUUUGGGGAAAUAUACAAAAUUGUUAAUGCUGGAGAUUAUAAAUAAUAAUGUCCAGAAAAACCUUUGAUGUCAGAAUGUCCUUCACCUCUUUAAUCAGUCUUUCCCUGCCCCCCAGUAGUGGAAAUGACUUGGCAAAAUUUCACUUACACUCUCCCCCUUAUUCAAAUAGGGCUAGCGAUGCCCCUGCUGGCAACUUUUUAAAGCUUUUUCUAACAACAGUCUUCUAGAUGGAGAAACUUGGAGACAAAAUGCUCAAUACACAAAGAGUGAAGAUAAGUGGGGAUGGAGCAAAAAUGUCCAGAAUUACUAAUUUUGUUGUUCUGUCAUUUUCGCUAUUAUCUGAAGGAGAAAAGGUCAUGUCGACAAAGGGUAAGUAUAGACAUGUAAAUAAUAUAUAUUUGAUAUUUGAAACUUGGACACACCAUUUGUAUAUAUUCAUUUGUAUAUGUUUCAAUGAAUUAUUAAGGUAUUCACACAGUUGCAAUUCUCAAUGGUAAAGAGGACUACGGUGUGCUGCAAACUGCUGGUAAAAAUCUUUUCAAGGAAAUUAAUUAA